GACCAACCACCUGACAUUGAAGUUCAAAUCAAAGAACUUGUUGUGAAUUAUAUAAAUAACCCAAAUUCCAUAAUAUUAUCUGUGACUGCUGCCAAUACUGAUAUGGCUACAUCAGAGGCAAUCAAAUUAUCAAGGGAAGUUGACGAAGAUGGUCGUAGAACAUUGGCAGUUAUAACCAAACUGGAUUUAAUGGAUGCUGGUACUGAUGCUGUGGAAAUUAUAUGUGGCAGAGUGAUUCCAGUAAAACUAGGUAUUAUUGGUGUAAUCAACAGAAGUCAGAUGGAUAUCAAUAAUAAGAAACCUAUCCAAGAAUCUGUUAAAGAUGAAGCAGCAUUUUUACAGAGAAAGUAUCCAGCAUUAGCCAGUAGAAACGGUACACCAUACCUUGCAAAAACACUGAAUAGGCUUUUGAUGCACCACAUCAGAGACUGCUUACCAGAAUUAAAGACCAGGGUCAAUGUGAUGGCAUCGCAGUUCCAACAGCUGUUACUGUCGUUUGGCGAGCCUGUUGAAAACCAUGACGACAGAAGUCAAAUGCUUCUGCAGAUAAUCACCAGGUUUGCUGCUGGAUACUACGCUACCAUUGAAGGAACUGCUAAGAAUAUUGAAACAUCAGAAUUGUGUGGUGGUGCGAGAAUCUGUUAUAUCUUCCAUGAGACAUUUGGACGUACAUUAGAUUCUAUAAAUGCACUGGGUGGACUUACAGAUUUAGAUAUCUUAACAGCAAUAAGAAAUGCUACAGGCCCAAGACCAGCAUUGUUUAUCCCUGAAGUGUCAUUUGAACUGUUGGUGAAAAGACAGAUCAGAAGACUUGAAGAACCCAGUCUGCGGUGUGUGGAAUUAGUACAUGAGGAGAUGCAGAGGAUUGUACAACACUGUGGGACGCAAGAGUUACUUAGAUUUCCUAAAUUGCAUGAUAAGAUUGUGGAAGUGGUGACCUCACUACUCAGAAAGCGUUUAGCGCCAACUAACGCCAUGGUGGAGAAUUUAGUUGGAAUAGAAUUAGCGUAUAUUAACACAAAGCACCCUGACUUUGCGGAUGCCAGUCUAAUAUCCGCACUAAUACAGAACAAUGAAAUGGAUAGGAAAAUCAAAAACAAAACCCAGAAUAAUGGUGUAGACAACAAAGAGGUGGUAUCCAAAGGAAGGGCCAAUCCACCAACUGAGGGCAGCAGUUCAUGGCCAUUGAGUAGGUUCAUGUCAGGCCGAAGUGAUAGUCAAGAGAGCCUCAAUGUAACUCCAGCUACAUCUGAAAAUAACAGCCCACGAAAAACCAAACAACAGUCAGUUAAUUUGUUACCAGACAUCCCAAGUGUUCCAACAAAUAGGAAAUUAUCAUCAAGAGAACACAGAGAUUGUGAUGUUAUUCAGCGUCUCAUCAGGUCCUACUUUCUAAUCGUGCGUAAGAAUAUUCAAGACAGUAUACCGAAGGCAGUGAUGCACUUUCUAGUCAAUCACGUCAAAGAUAAUUUACAGAGUGAAUUGGUUGGUCAGUUGUAUAAACAAGAAUAUAUAGAUGAAUUGUUAACUGAAUCUGAACAAAUGGCAAUGAGGAGGAAAGAAGCUGCCGAAAUGCUUAGAGCAUGUCUUUGA